AUGACAUACAGCCCAUUUAUUAUCCAUGCGCUGUUCACUUAUUAUGUUCCAAUUCACCUGUCUCUUGUUUAUUCGGCAGUAUCCUGGUAUGACUUCACGCUCCAUAAAGAUGCAUUCAGUGAGUUUCGGAUGUUCAGAGAAGCACACGGUCUAGCAGUGACCAGGCCACUCAUCUGCACGAGCACACUCGAUGCACUCAGAGGCUUCGGAUGGUUGAAAGAGCUUCACAUUCUAGAGAGGACAGUUUUAGUUACAGACAGCACAGACAGUACUAUCACCACUGCAUUACUACCAAAGGCACUAGAAACACUGAAACUAGCGAGGGAUGGCAGAGAGUGUGCAGAGUGGGCACUACAUGCACGCAGAGAGAACAAACACGGCUAUGCACAAAAAGACCCGAACACACUCAUUACUCUGACACAUCACUGA